UUUUGAUAGAGCCACAUUUCUUUUUUCUUAAAAAUUUAAUUAAAAGGUGUUACUUUAUAUAUAAAAUAGUUUAUUUUAAGGAAAUCUUAGAUUUAAUUGUUAGAUUUAUGUAUAUAGAAAGUAUUUUUAUAAAUUUGCUUGUUGAAUCUUCGGCAAAGUAGAAAUUCAUCAUAGAGAAAGUGAAUAAAAAUGGCAGACUAUUUAAUAUCCGAGGCUGAAGAAUCUGAAGAUGAUGAAGAAUUAGAACCACAUGAACGGAAAAAACUGAAAAAAAUUAGAGCUGUAGCUGAUUCCAGCGAAGAAGAAGAGGAAGAUGAUGAAGAAAAAAUCAGGGAGGAAUUAAAAGAUUUGAUCGAUGAUAAUCCAAUAGAUGAAGAUGGUGAUGAUUCAGACGGUUCAGAUGCAUCAGAUGGCUCUCGAGGUAAGAGAAAACGAAGUGAUAAUGAAGAUGAUUUUGACGACCGUUUAGAAGACGAUGAUUACGAGUUACUUGAAGAAAAUUUGGGCGUGAAAGUUGAUAGAAGGAAACGAUUUAAACGGUUACGGAGGGUUCAAAGUGAAGAAAGUGAAGGAGAAGAACAAGAAGAUGAAAAUUUGGCUAGAGAAGCUAUAGCUGGUCAGCUAUUUGAAGGCGGAAGUGACGAGGAACGGGAUCUUAACACGGAAACCGAAAGACGAUCAGAAAGAAGUCACCGUGAGCCAGAAGUCGAAAAUUUCGAUGAAGAUGAAGAUGAAGAGUCUGACGCCGAUGAUUUCAUUGUUGAUGAUGAUGGCCAACCUAUUGCUCAAAAAAAGAAAAAACGUCAAAGAAUUCAUGGAGACGCAACACUGCAAGAAGGGCAAGAUAUAUUUGGUGUUGAUUUUGAUUAUGAUGAGUUUUCAAAAUAUGAUGAUGAUGAAUAUGAAGAGGAAGAGUCCGAUGAAUAUGAAGAAGAUUUUGAUGGAAAUGAACGGGAACCACGACCGAAAAAAUCAAGCAAAAAAAAAACUCAGAAAAAAUCAAUAUUUGAAGUUUUCGAACCUAGUGAGCUGAAACGCGCCCAUUUCACUGAUUUAGAUAAUGAAAUACGAAGAACUGAUAUACCCGAAAGAAUGCAAUUACGAGAAGUUCCUAUUACGCCAGUUCCAGAGGGUUCAACAGAAUUACAAGAAGAAGCUGAGUGGAUUUAUAAACAAGCUUUUUGUAAACCUUCAGUUUCUGAACAAGAAGAUAGUCAAGGUAACCGAUCAAGAAAACCACCUAGUACUGUUGGAAAAAUCAAAAAAGCUUUAGAGUAUAUGAGAAACCAACAACUUGAGGUUCCAUUUAUAGCAUUCUAUCGUAAAGAAUAUGUUCAACCCGAAUUGUAUAUAAACGAUUUGUGGAAAGUUUACAAAUACGAUGCUAAAUGGUGUCAGUUGCUUCAAAGAAAAACAAAUCUUUUACAACUUUUUGAAAAAAUGCGAACUUAUCAAUUAGACACAAUAAUGGCAGAUCCUGACAAACCUUUGCCAGAAGAUGUACGUAUUUUAAGAGAUGAUGACAUAGAUAGAUUAAAAAAUGUUCAAACGCCAGAAGAACUCAAAGAUGUACAUAUGCACUUUUUGUUACAUUAUUCCCAUGAAAUACCAAAAAUGCAAGAUAUAUGGCGCCAAAAGGAGAAAGAACGUAAAAAAAAGGAAAAAGCAGAAGCAAAAAGAAAAGCUUUGGAAGCUUCUGAAAAUGCAACUGAGAAUGGGGAAGAUGGUGCUGAACCACCUCCAAUUGAAGAUCUUAACAUUGAGGAAGAUGAGGAAGAAGAACAAAUUGAGGAACAUAUUAAACAGGCAAAAGAUUCUGGUCCUUAUGCGAUGUGCCGUAAAGCUGGCAUUUGUGGUUUUGCUAAAAGAUUUGGACUAUCGCCAGAUCAAUAUGCAGAAAAUCUUCGAGACAACUAUCAACGUCAUGAAGUUGAUCAGGAACCAGUUCAGCCACGGGAGCUAGCAAAAGGAUAUUUAUGUCCCAAAUUUAUGAUGGUUGAUGAAGUUAUGCAUGCUGCCAAAUUUGUUGUAGCUAGACAAAUCGCAAAAGAACCCUUAUUACGGAAAUGUGUAAGAGAAGUUUUCUAUGAAAGAGCUAAAAUUAACGUUCGGCCUACAAAAAAGGGUAUAAAAGAAAUUGACGAAAACCAUCCAUGUUACACUAUGAAAUAUUUAAAAAAUAAACCAGUUCGUGAUUUAAAAAAUGAGCAAUUCUUAAAGCUGAUGAUUGCUGAGCAUGAAGAUAAGGUUUUGGAAAUUGAGAUUCUCGACACUAUUGAGGGACACACAUCGAACUCUUUUUUGGAAGAAGCUAAGCAAUUGUAUCAAAGAGAUGAAUUUUCAAAAAACGUUCAAGAGUGGAAUGCUUUAAGAGCUGAAUGUGUUGAAAUCGCUCUCAAAAAGAUGGUUAUUCCCGAUUUGAAAAAAGAGUUACGAUCAGUUUUGAUAGCUGAGGCAAAAGAUUUCAUUUUAAAAUCCUGUUGCAAAAAAUUACAUAAUUGGAUUAAAAUUGCUCCAUAUCAACCCCCUGACGAUUUUUGUGAUGAAGAAGAUUAUGAUGAAUGGGAUUUUGCGAAAGGUAUUAGAGUAAUGGGGCUUGCAUAUGUGCCAGAUGUUUCUCAGGCUGCAUUUUGUGCAAUAACAAGUCACGAAGGCGAAGUUACAGACUACCUAAGAAUUCCACACGUAUUGAAAAGAAAAAAUACUUAUAAUAUUGAACAGAAACAAUUAAAAAUGGAAGAAUUAGAAAAUAUUAAAAAUUUUGUUCGAACAAAAAAACCCCAUGUGAUUGCUAUUGGCGGGGAAUCACGCGAAGCCUUGUCAAUUCAAUAUGAGCUGCGAGAAAUGGUUAAAGAGUUGGUUGAAGAAGAACAAUUUCCUAAAAUAAGUGUAGAAAUUGUUGAUAAUGAUUUAGCCAAGAUUUAUUCAAAUUCAAAAAAAGGUGAAAGCGAUUUCCGCGAAUAUCCAAGUGUACUUAAGCAAGCUAUAUCCAUAGCAAGGCGUAUGCAAGAUCCAUUAGUAGAAUUUUCUCAAUUAUGCACAGCUGAUGAAGAAAUAAUGUGUUUAAGGUAUCAUCCAAUGCAAGAUCAUGUAAACAGUGAUGAAUUACUUGAAAAUUUGUAUUUGGAAUUUAUAAACCGCACCAAUGAAGUUGGUGUUGAUAUAAAUGUUGCCGUACAAAAUUCUUUAACGGUGAAUCUAGUACAAUUUAUUUGUGGUUUAGGACCUCGUAAAGGAAUAGCAUUAAUUAAAUUGCUGAAACAAACAAAUCAAAGGCUUGAAAAUCGAACACAACUUGUAACAAAUUGUCAUAUGGGUCCUAAAGUAUUCAUAAACUGCUCUGGUUUCAUUAAAAUUGAUACAAAUUCGUUAGGGGAUAGCACUGAAGCAUACGUUGAGGUAUUAGAUGGUUCAAGAGUGCAUCCUGAAACUUAUGAAUGGGCCAGAAAAAUGGCUGUCGAUGCGUUGGAAUAUGACGACGAUGAAGCAAAUCCAGCUGGAGCUCUGGAAGAAAUUUUAGAAUCCCCAGAACGUUUGAAAGACCUUGAUUUAGACGCGUUUGCCGUUGAAUUAGAGCGACAAGGUUUUGGCAACAAAAGCAUUACUUUGUAUGAUAUAAGAGCUGAGUUGAAUUGCCGAUAUAAAGAUCUAAGAACACCCUAUCGAUCACCAAAUGCGGAAGAGCUUUUCGAUAUGUUAACCAAAGAAACUCCAGAAACCUUUUACGUUGGUAAAAUGGUUUUGGCUAAUGUGUAUUCCAUUGCACAUAGAAAACCACAAGGGGAACAAUUAGAUCAAGCAAAUCCGGUACGAAAUGAAGAAACUGGUUGCUGGCAAUGUCCGUUUUGUUUAAAAGAUGAUUUCCCAGAAUUGUCAGAAGUUUGGAAUCAUUUCGAUGCUGGAGCAUGCCCUGGUCAAGCUUUCGGGGUUAAAGUUCGAUUGGACAAUGGUUUAUCUGGCUUUAUUCACAUCAAAAACCUCUCUGAUAAGCAUGUUAAAAAUCCAGAAGAAAGAGUUCAAAUUAAUCAAACUAUUCAUGUUCGAGUUACGAAAAUUGAUGUUGAAAGAUUUUCAGUUGAUUGUACGUCAAAGUCAUCAGAUCUGAUAGAUAAAAAUAAUGAAUGGCGACCAAAAAAAGAUCCAGAUUAUGAUCAAGAAGUGGAAGAUAAAGACAAUCGAAAAGAAGAUGACACUAAGAAGAACAAGUCGAGGCAGCAGUAUGUAAAGCGAGUGAUUGUGCAUCCUUCUUUUCACAAUAAAUCCUAUGGCGAAGUUGUUAAAAUAAUGGAAACUAUGGAUCAAGGUGAGGUUAUAGUUCGACCUUCUAGUAAGGGAUCAGAUCAUUUAACUGUUACAUGGAAAGUUACUACGGAUAUUUAUCAACAUAUUGAUGUUCGCGAAGAAGGAAAAGAAAAUGUAUUCAGUUUAGGACAAUCGUUAUGGAUUGGAAAUGAGGAGUUUGAAGACUUAGACGAAAUUAUAGCUAGGCACGUUAAUCCAAUGGCAGGUUAUGCUAGAGAUUUAUUAAAUUAUAAAUAUUACCGUGAUACACAAGGUGGUCUUAAGGACAAAAUGGAAGAAAUUUUAAAGGAAGAAAAGCGGAAAGACCCAAAGAAAAUCCAUUACUUUUUUUCAGCCUCCAAAAACUACCCAGGAAGAUUUUUGUUAUCAUGUUUACCAAAAACAAAGUGUCGCCAUGAGUACGUUACAGUAAUGCCUGAAGGUUUUCGAUAUCGCGGACAAAUAUUCGAUUCAAUAAACUCAUUGCUAAAAUGGUUUAAGGAACAUUUUGCUGAUCCAAUGCCUAGUACAACGCCAGUAUCUACACCGAGACCUGGUAGCGUUUCAAGUUCUACCCGUACACCCAAUUCAUAUGCAACUCCCGCUGGAAUGAGUUCCAUGAGUUCGGAUACCAUUAACAAAGUCGCAAGAGACAUGCCUCCACAUAUGCUACAUUCAUUAGCUCAGGUAGCUGCUACAGGCGGUGCACAAACUCCACAUUUUACAAACACUCCUGGUGGAUAUGGUACUAGUUAUAUCAACACACCUUAUACACCUAGCGGACAAACUCCAUUCUUAAUGACACCUUAUACGCCACAUGGGUCACAAACACCACGAUAUGCUCCUAGUCCUAGUUCAGCCUCAGAUACAAAUGGUCCAUUUAUUAAACCAAAUGCACCGUCAUAUGGUGCAUCAUCAAGGCAUGGUCCUGGAUCAGUUCACUCUUCACCUGCUUAUGGCAGGUCACCUCGAACAAACAUGGGACAUCCAGGCCAUGGUGGCCACAGAGGAGGACCAGGACAGACAGGUCAUGGGGGAUAUCACCAAGAAAAUAUAGACUGGCAAAUGGCCAACGAUGCGUGGGCGUCCAGGAAGAAACCAAAUUCUACUCCCAGAGAUAAUAUCCCUGGAGGUUUCACUCCGCGUGGUGGUCACAAUAAUAGAACUCCCCGUUAUGAUGAUACUUUCUCGAAAGAAACGCCGCAGUAUGAUGAAAGACCUUCAAGCCGAUCAAGUAGGUCAGGCGCAAAUGACAACCGUAAGAGCCCGAGAUCCAUACGUAGCACACCAAGAACUAACACAUCGCCAACCUCAAUGACUUUAGGUGAUUCUACUCCCCUUUACGAUGAAAAUUAAAUGUAAGAAAUUUGAACAUUUACAAACCGAAAAUAUUUAAAUCAAUUAAAAUUUUACUUUACGGGAAUGUUAUAAAAAAUUUGUUGCAAAAUUAGGGUUAACAGUAGAAUUUCCGAAUUAUACUUUUUAACAAUUGUCAUGUAAAAUUAGAUAAUAUUUUCUUUUAUAAUUAAUGAUAAUUAUUUUGAUUUAAUAUUUUUAGAUUUUUAAUUUAUAAAUAAUAAGUUUAUGAUAUAGUUAAUAAAUCUAUACGUACCAGAAAAAAAAACAAA